UUUUUUUUUUUUUUAUACUAAGCCGUUCAUAUCAAGGAAAACAUUCAUAAGUCACAAAGUAAUUACAUUAAAUUACAAAAACAAUUGCCUAAAAGUAGUUAAAGAAAAGAGAAACACUUUUUGUGUACACUUCAUCAUUAUCACCAUCAUCAUGUUAAUAAUGAUGCUUGCGGUAAAAAAAACAAAAAAAACAAAAAAAAAAGAAAGAAAUUGUUGUUGGCGUUUACGAUUUAACAGUAAAAUCGUGAAAAAUGAAAUUGAAAACGAUUACCGAAUUUCAAGCAAGAAAUUGUUAUAACAAUUGCUGUUCUUGCUAUUGUUGUUAUUAAGCGUCCCAUAACGAUUCAGGCAGUAAUCGUUGAAAUUUAUCAUCUCUCAAUAACGAUAGCGAACAAGAUGUUGAAUCUGCAAUGCAACUCAACAGCAAAUUUUAAACUCAACCUGCAACAAAAACAACGAAAACUUCUAGUCUCACAACAUACAAUUGCCUGCAGCAAUAUCUAUAAGCAUCUUAAUGAAUAUUAAUCAGGAUAACAGUCAACAGCCACCGCAACAAAGGAACGGUUUCCAAUCAUAUUUACCAGCAGUACAUCCAGCACUUCACUCCAAUCGUAAUCUAUCGUUACCGCCACCCUUGCAUCGUUUACCUGAUUUCGAGUUGGAAUAUUUGAAGAAAGCUCACGCGCAUGCUCAAGCUCAAGCAGCCGCAAUUGCUUACGGCUACGAACAGCAGCAAGUGCAACAACAACAUCAGCUAGCACGGCGACGUUCACAUAUAGAGCACGAAUUAGCGGCUGCAAAAUUCGCAAACGUUUAUGAAAGCCAUUCUUUGACUGCAAGCCAACACAAUACUUUGCCGUCGCCGUCGAUGGUUAUGUCACCGAGUCGGCGGCCAUCGCCACCACGUGGAGCUGCUCAUCCCAUGAAUAUGCAUUUGAGUGCUAUGGCUCAUGCCCAAAUUCAAUUUCAAACUCAAUUGCAGCAAAAAUUGUCUGCAGCUGCUGCGGGUCCAACGGUAAUAAAUACUAACACCAAUAACGCGAUCAAUCUUCCGCCACCGGGGCAUCUAACCAAUUAUUUUCGCAAUCCCGCCUCACCAGCUAAUUGCGGGUUAGCAACCACACCCGGAGCGUCAGGACCCCCGCCACCCCCUCUUACUUCCGCCCCAACAUCCAACUCUAGUGCUUUAUGUAAUACUAAUUCUAACGCCCUGCAAACUUCAACGUCGACCACACAGUCUCAAAAUCCACUGAACCAUUUACAGAAUAUGCAACCAUUUGAUUUUCGUAAAAUUAAUUCUGCAGCUUUAGGUGCUUUUCCUGGGUUACCUCCACCGGGUGCUGCCCGCCUUAGCCCCAACGAUUUGGCUCAUCAUCAGCACCUACAGCAGCAAGCUGCUCAACAGGCGGCUAUGCUGGCACAAGCAAGGAGGCGCAUCAACGAAGCUACUACACCUUCCGAAAAAAGUGCAGCGGCAGCAGCCGCUGCAGCCGCUGCGGCUCAAAGCAAUCAAUUCUUUAAUGCUAUGGCCAUGUCAGGGCAUCCAUUGCCCUUUCAUUUACCACCACCACCUCCUCUUCCUCAUGUACAUCCACCACCGCCACCAAGCACUAUGGCCAAUGCUACUUCGCCUUCGUCAAGUCUGCCUUCGGGUCUGACAAGCAAUCAGGUAGCAGCUAUAGCAGCUGCUGCUGCCGCUUCUGGUAAUCCUAUGCCUCAUAGCUUUUUGGCCUCUCAUUUUUCUGGCAUAAAUAAUGCUUUAACUUUGGGCAAAUCGGCUCUGCGCUCUAAAACACCGGAACAUGAUAAAUCAAAAAGUUCUGAGGCCGAUAAUUUGCGAGAAACAUCUACUUCCCGUCUUACACCACCAACACGUAGUACUUCACAAACUUCCCUACAUGGUGCUUCCACAAAUCAACAACAAUCUUCGUCUUCGAAUUGCGUAAACUCAACCUCGAACAAUUACCAAAGUUCUAGAAAUCUUAGAGAAAGUAGUCACCCACCACGUUCUUCCCUUCAACAUGAUUCUUCGCCCGGUGCUCAAACCCAGAGACUAUCACGACUAACUACGAGUGCUGGUGGAAUGCGACCAGGUCGUAAAAACCAUUCACCUGGUAAACGCCAAUGGGGUUCGAUACCUGCUAAUUUAGGUACACAAUUUAUAAAUCCAGUCACCGGUAAAAAACGAGUUCAAUGCAAUGUUUGCCUCAAAACUUUCUGUGACAAGGGGGCUUUAAAAAUUCACUUUUCGGCAGUUCAUUUACGAGAAAUGCAUAAAUGUACGGUGGAUGGGUGCAAUAUGAUGUUUAGCUCUCGGCGUUCUAGGAAUCGUCACAGUGCAAAUCCCAAUCCUAAACUACACUCACCGCAUUUGCGACGAAAAAUUUCGCCACAUGAUGGUCGUAGUGCCCAGCCACAUCCUAUUUUAUUGCAAACACCAAAUGGUCUUAUGCCUGGACUCAAUCCAUUUGGUACAUUCCCCAUGUUGACACCUCCCCCGGAUAUGCGUCAUCAUUCAAUGGGUAGUUUAGGUGAACCGAAACAUAGUCAGGACUUCAUGCAUAGAGCUUAUAUGGAGAGUUCUAUUAUGGGACGUUACGAAAGCAGACAUAUAUCAGGCUCAGAAGGAAUGAUUGAAGAGGACGAAGAUGAGGAGGGCUUGGAUGGUGGUAUACACAUCGGUGAUAUUGAUGACGAUGACGACGACGACGAAGGGGAAGGCAUUGUAGUGGUAGGUGACGAAGGCGAUAGCAUGCUGGAUAAAACAAACUCGGAAGACUUCAACGUUGAAGACCAUGUAAUCGAAGAAACCAACUCUACGCUGGAAGAUAGCAGCCGUGAUAAUUUGGAUCGUCUCAGUAACUCCAAGACCCCUACGCAUCAUAAUCAUAAAGCCAAAGAUCAAUUUAGUAGUACUACGGAUAAUGCAAAACAAGAUGAGGACGAAGAUGGACGCAGUACGACCGGGAAGCAUAGUACUGAAAGCAAUGAUGACACUUUAAGCGUUGCUGAUUCUUGCGACGUGCGCGAAGAAUACGACACUUCAUCAACAAGCUUAGUUGUGAAUAUAACAUCGAAUAGUGCUACAAUGCCGUCGGGAUCUUCGUCAUCAAAACGUAAACGCAAAAGCCAAAAUCCUGUACGCUGUGCUGUACAAUCUAAUGAAGCUUCCUGUGAUAAUUCUGUAGAUUCUGAAAUGGCUGCCGAUUUAUCUUUAAGAACAAGGGAAAGAGAAAAUCAAGAAAAAGAGAAUUCUUCAACCCUAGAUUUAAGGAAACGAUGUCGUUAUCCAGAAGAACCCGCCAAAGAAGAAUCUCAACCUGAAACUAAUGCCACAGAAGCUGAACAAGCCAAAGUACUGCCCUCACCGCCGCUAACACCGUCAACGUCAGCUAGCGAAACUGUUAAACAAUCUACCAUAAUUAGUGCUCCAGUCAAAAUGGAACCCAAAGAGAAUUUAGAAGAGGAAAGAUCAAAUAAAGCAAAUAACGAAAAAGAAAAAGAAAAAUUCUUGGACUUAUCAUCGAAUCCAAAAAGUGAGCUUUUAGUAGGCACUGAAGCAGAACAACAACAAAAUGGUAAAGAAACUUUGUUAAUGCCGACAAUUAAACAAGAGCCUAAAGAUGACCUGCUGCUAGACAACUCAAUACAAGUUACACAAAAUACUUGCAAUACUGAAGACAUAGAACAAGAGGAGAAUCGUUACUUGCGCAUUAAGAAAGAAAUAUUGGAAGAUAGUUUUCGAUUGAACAUAUCAACCGAAGAGGACUAUGAAAACGCUAACAACAACAAUAAUAAUAUUCUUCCAGAGAACUUGACUGUAAAAAGCAGCAGCGCUGACCCAGUAGAGUCUAGGAAAGCUCAGCCUUCCGAACUAGAGGAACACAAUGGUGUAGAAUUUACAAACGAUGAAGGAGAAGUACCAAUUGACAAAGAAAAUCCUUUACGCUGUACAGCGUGUGGUGAUGUUUUUCAAAAUCAUUUUCAUUUAAAAACUCACUAUCAAUGCGAACAUUUAAAACUACACCACAAAUGUAAUAUCGACGGUUGUAAUGCGGCUUUUCCUUCGAAACGAAGCCGCGAUCGUCAUAGUUCGAAUUUAAAUUUACAUCGAAAACUGCUAUCAACUGGCGAUAAUCAUACGGUAGAUCAUUUGCCAGAGCCAAUUGGCGUAAUGAGUGGAAAGAGUUUUGUGAACAGCAAUCCAGGUAGUAUAACCAGCACUUUGCAAGCUGAGUUUUUAGCACGACUUUAUGCGGGCGCAGCUCAUGGCUUACCUCCUUUAAAUUUCGAGGCUCUAAAGCAUUUCCCGCCAGCUAAUGCCACAUUAACGGGCUUUCCUGAUGCCGCCUCCACAUUUUUAAACGAUCCGCGCUUUAUGCUACAACAACCGGGCAACCCCUUGAUUUUUCCAGGUCUUCCGGGUUUGGCGGCUUUCCCACAUCUUUCACCGCAUCUCUUAAAUGCCGCACAGUUUAAUGGUUUAAAUCCCUUUUGUCGACGACCUUCAUCCGAUUCUCAUUCCCCACACUCUGCUACACCGCCAAUAGGAGCCCCAAGAUCACCGUUAAUGAUCGGUAACAAAGUCGCUGCAAGCACAAUUUAUACUCAUCAAGAACCCGAUCAACGCAACACAUCAUCAUCGCCUUCAUCGUCCAUGGGCACAAGUGAAGGAACAUCACAUCCUCUGUACGGUGGUAGCACAAAUAGUUCCUCCUCUGUUCAUAACACAACCCAUAUACCCGAUCGCAUUUCAUGACCUUCCUCCUCCCAUCACUACGUAACAGCAACCGUAGCGACUCAGCGUUUUAUAAACUUCAAUGAAAUGAUGGCUUACCGACAGUAGUAUUAGAACUAAGUCUUUUGUUUAUUCACGUAAUUCUGAGCAAAAAAAAAAAAAAAAAAUCGAAAGGUGCAAUAAUUUGUCCCGAACAUAUGAAUAGAAGAACGUAGCGCGCGAAACAGAAUACUUAAAAACUUUUGUUUAGAGUUAUACGCUACGCUCUGUUAACUUCUCUCUUGAUGUAAACGCUCACGACUGUAUGUAUAAUUGAAUGUCGACAGGUCAUAAAAGAUAUAUUGAAAAAAAUGUUUA